AGCUCCGGCGCCACACCACUAAACGCGAAUCUAACUCUUAUCUUUGCGAAUUUUCACGGUGAGCUUUUAGAUCCUCUCUCUGUUUCGAUCGGUUAUAGGUUUUUGGAAAUGGCGACAGUUCCAGGACAGUUGAUAUGGGAGAUCGUCAAGACCAACAACUGUUUCUUGGUCAAACAGUUCGGGAGAGGCAACGCCAAGGUUCAGUUCAGCAAGGAGACCAACAAUCUCUGCAACCUCAACUCCUACAAGCACUCUGGUCUUGCAAACAAGAAGACUGUGACCAUCCAGGCAGCUGACAAGGAACAAGGUGUUGUCCUCGCCACAACCAAGACCAAGAAGCAGAACAAGCCUAAGGUCUCUGUCAACAAGUCUAUCCUUAAGAAGGAAUUCCCAAGGAUGUCCAAGGCUGUUGCUAACCAGGUGGUAGACAACUACUACAGGCCAGACUUGAAGAAAUUUGCUCUUGCUAGACUCAGUGUCAUCAGCAAAAGCCUUAGGGUCGCCAAGUCCGGUGCCAAGCAAAGAAACCGUCAAGCUUAAUAUGCUCCUUUUUUUUUUUUGUUCAGAAUAUGUUUUUUUUUUUCCGAAGUAAAAGAUUUCCUGAAGAGGUUUAUUAAGUUGUUUUUGUUGAAGUUGAAUUCAUAACACUAUGCUCCUUUUCAUUAUCUUAAAAGGAGCUUCCUUAUGCUUAUGUUUCUUGUGUGCUUGUGAUAUUCACUUUUUUGUUGAAUCUUUA